AUGGAAUAUCGAGGCGUCCUCAUCUCGGUCGACGGUUACAUGAAUGUCCAGAUGGCUAACGCGGAGGAAUACAUUGAGGGAACAAACACUGGAGCUUUGGGAGAAAUGUUAAUAAGGUGCAACAACAUCCUGUACAUCGGAGGCGCCGAAGACUCGGGGGGGUCCCGUCAACAAAGUCAACCCCAGCAAUCUUGUCGGAAUUUUGCGAGAGCUUCUUCAAGAAAACAGUAUCCGCGGAAAGGGUUUGCUGACUCGAUCGAUAAUUCAAGCACAAGCGUUUCUCCAACAUUUCCACAUGUAUACGCUGGUUUGGUUGGCGUGAUUAAUUCCAAGUUUGCUGUUAUUGGUGAAUUGACACACUUAAGCGUU